AUGCCCCUCUCUGCCUCCACAGCGGAGCUGGAGUUCGUUCAGAUCAUCAUAAUCGUGGUGGUGAUGAUGGUGAUGGUGGUGGUGAUCACGUGUCUGCUGAGCCACUACAAGCUGUCUGCACGCUCCUUUAUCAGCCGGCACGGCCAGGGCCGGAGGAGGGAAGACGCCCUAUCCUCGGAAGGAUGCCUCUGGCCCUCUGAGAGCACGGUGUCAGGCAGCGGCAUCCCUGAGCCGCAGGUCUACACCCCGCCUCGGCCCGCCGACCGCCUGGCAGUGCCAGCCUUCGCCCAGCGUGACCGCCUCCACCGCUUCCAGCCCACGUACCCGUACCUGCAGCACGAGAUCGACCUGCCACCCACCAUCUCACUGUCAGAUGGGGAGGAGCCCCCGCCCUACCAAGGCCCCUGCACCCUCCAGCUGCGGGACCCCGAGCAGCAGCUGGAGCUGAACCGCGAGUCUGUGCGCGCACCUCCGAACAGAACCAUCUUCGACAGUGACCUGAUGGAUAGUGCCAGGCUGGGGGGCCCCUGCCCCCCAAGCAGUAACUCGGGCAUCAGCGCCACGUGCUACGGCAGCGGUGGGCGCAUGGAGGGGCCACCACCCACCUACAGCGAGGUCAUCGGCCACUACCCUGGGUCUUCCUUCCAGCACCAGCAGAGCAACGGGCCACCCUCCUUACUGGAGGGUACCCGGCUCCAACACACACACAUGGCCCCCCUGGAGAGCGCCGCCAUCUGGAGCAAAGAGAAGGAUAAACAGAAAGGACACCCCCUCUAGGGGCCUGGGGCUGGGCUGCAGCCACAGUGGGUGAAAAAGCAGAACUCUGCACUUCCUAGAAGAGGAGAGAGGGGAAGGCAGGUGACACACAGAACACGCCGAGUGUGGCCAUCCUCUCCCACCUCUCUGUGUAUAAAUAUUUACAUGUGAUGUCUGGUCUGAAUGCACAAGCUAAGAAAGCUUGCAAAAAACCACGUUUCUUUGUUGAGCUGUGUCUUAAAGGCAGAAGAGAAAAACACAUUCUACGGUAGUCUUUUUUUUUUGUUUGUUUCUAGUUGAGCUGCGUGCGUGAAUGCUUAUUUUCUUUCGUUUAUGAUGAUUUCACUUAACUUUAAAGACAUAUUUGCACAAAACCUUUGUUUAAAGAUCUGCAAUAUUAUAUAUAUAAAUAUAUAUAAAAUAAGAGAAACCGUAUGUGCGAGGGCAGGAGUAUUUUUGUAUUAGAAGAGGCCUAUUAAAAAAAAA